GCCCGCCGUUUCCCCGCCUGCGCUGGCCGCACGGUCCGGCGGGCUUCCUGGCGACGCGGGAGUGGUGCGACCACCUGCUCCUGCGGGCCGACGGCGCCUUCGAGCACGGCUCCUGCCCGAGCAGCCGCGGGUCCUGGAGCCUCUCGGAGGAGGGGGCCACCGCCGGCGGGGGCGCCGCCGGGCCGGCGCUCACCCUGCGGUGGGCUGCUGGUGACCUGGGGACUGGGGAGCUGAAGCUGGUAUCUUCCGGCGCUGACCUGGAAGCCUUCGAG